AUGGAACUUUUCAACUCAGCUCURGGGAAGAACAUCACCUUUGUGCGUCCUGCUUAUUUCAUAAUAAGKGGAUUUAUCGGAAUUCCUAAUGUUAAAUAUUAUUUUGUCUUUCUGUGUUUUCUGUAUAUCGUGUCUGUGCUGGCAAACACUGCAGUCAUGGCCGUGAUAUGUUUGGCCCACAAUCUGAGAACGCCAAAGUAUAUCAUAGUUUUUAACCUGGCCUUCGUGGACCUGUUUGGUAACUCUGCUCUGGUGCCGAAGGUCCUGGACGUCUUCCUGUUCAACCAUCCCCACAUCCCGUACAACGACUGCCUGACCUUUCUGUUCUUCUGCUACGCCUGCCUCUCCAUGCAGGCUCUCAACCUGGUGGCUCUCUCCUACGACAGACUCAUAGCGAUCAGUUUCCCGCUGCACUACCAAGUGAAAGUCACCCACAGGUUCAUGCUUUCUGUUAUCGCCUCUUUUUGGCUCUUUGUCGUCACUGCGCUACUGAUCGUAGUCGGCCUUCUCACCAGACUCUCCUUCUGUCAGUCCGUAGUGAUCAAAAGCCAUUUCUGUGACCAUGGUCAGUUGUUUCGUCUGGCCUGCAACGACGUCACACCCACACUUGUCYUMMCUYAGCUGUUACCAGUUGUUAUCCUCUGGUUCCCUCUGAUAUUCAUCUUGUGCACGUACCUCUACAUCGGCUAUGCUUUGACCAAAGUGGCCACGGUUCAGGAGCGAGUGAAGGCCUUAAAAACCUGCACAGCUCAUCUGUCAUUAGUGGCCGUCUAUUUCUUUCCGAUYUUAWURACAUUUAUYUUWGGGAGGAAUAUUCAUCCCAACGCCAGGAUCAUAAACUUGUCUCUGAGCUCUGUCCUUCCUCCCACGUUGAACCCGAUUAUUUAUGUUCUGCAGACGCAAGAAAUCAAAGAAUCUGUGAGAAAAUUAUUAAAGAUCAGAAUAUUAAGAAAGUGA